AUGGCCGGCUACCCGCCGCCUCCCGGCUUCGGCUACCACCACGGUCCGCCUCCGCCUCCCGGCUACCGCGCCCCGCCGCCGUACGGCUCCCCGCCACCCCCUCCGCCCCCCCCGCCUCCCCCCUUCGGCGGCCCGCCGCCGCCGCCGCCGCCAUUCGGCCAUUUCGCGUCGCUGGUGCCCUCGGCGUUCCCGCCUGGCACCGACCCCAACGUGGUGGCCUGCUUCAAGGCCGCCGACCGCGACGGCAGCGGCGUGAUCGACGACAAGGAGCUGCAGUCCGCGCUGUCCGGCUACAACCAGAGCUUCAGCCUCCGCACCGUCCACCUCCUCAUGUACAUCUUCACCAACACCAACGUCCGCAAGAUCGAUGUUGAAUAG